CGAGGGAACGGAACCCCCCCUCUGCCCCCGUCGCCGCGCGGACCCCGCGCGCCGGCCCUCGCGAGGCGCUCUCGCGGAUCAGCUGUCCCGGCGGCCACGGCAGACACCAAAGAUGUUGACCAGAAAGAUUAAGCUUUGGGAUAUUAAUGCCCAUAUCACAUGUCGCCUCUGCAACGGAUAUCUUAUUGAUGCUACUACUGUAACAGAGUGUUUGCAUACCUUCUGUAGGAGUUGCCUGGUAAAAUAUUUGGAAGAAAAUAACACUUGCCCCACGUGUAGAAUUGUUAUACACCAGAGUCACCCUCUGCAAUAUAUCGGUCAUGACAGAACAAUGCAGGAUAUUGUUUACAAACUGGUACCAGGCCUGCAAGAAGCGGAAAUGAAAAAGCAGAGGGAAUUCUACCACAAAUUGGGCAUGGAAGUGCCAGGGGACAUCAAAGGAGAGACUUGUUCUGCAAAGCAACACUUAGACUCCCAUAGGAAUGGUGAAACGAAAGCAGAUGACACUUCCAACAAAGACGCAUCAGAAGAGAAACAAGAAGAGGAUAAUGACUAUCACAGAAGCGAUGAACAGGUAAGCAUCUGCUUGGAAUGCAAUAGCAGCAAAUUGCGUGGACUGAAACGAAAAUGGAUUCGCUGCUCAGCACAAGCAACCGUCUUGCAUCUAAAGAAGUUCAUUGCCAAAAAACUUAACCUUUCGUCUUUUAAUGAGCUGGACAUAUUAUGCAACGAAGAAAUCCUCGGCAAGGACCAUACACUCAAAUUUGUAGUCGUUACUAGAUGGAGAUUUAAGAAAGCACCUCUACUGCUACAUUACAGACCCAAAAUGGACUUGCUCUAAGGGAACUUUAUCGUCCUUCUGGACAAAGUUUUUUGCAAAGACUAUCAUCGGGCACCUUCUUAGUGCAUCACUUAACUUGCAUAUGUGACCCAAAACGGAAGAAUCGUUCUGGAAAACUAAUGAUCUCACUGCAGACCAUUCUUCAGAAUAUUUCUCCUAGGUGGUGUGUGACUCAUAUUUCGGGACAGAAUAUUUAUACCUUUUUGUAUGAACGAAAAAACUCACGAUUCAACAAGACACUACCAGCACUAGGUUUACAGAUACUGAAAACACUUCACAGUUUUAUGUAGCCGAAUAGAAUUCAUCUCUUUGUUGCAAUUACACAGAAAUAGAUGAGUAAGUGUAGGGUGAUAGACGUUACUCUUCUGACACCAAAUUCCCUCGGUUCCUUUCCUAUUUUUUGAAAAGUUCACAAGUCAUUUCAGUAUCUCUUACGAGUUUGGCCCGAUUCUGUGCCACAGACCUCUUUUGGCUUUCAGUAAAUCCUUCCUAGGUCGUUGAAAAUUC